AUGGCUUGUGCUGGAGAUAAAAGAGUUAGGGAUGUGGACUAUAAACCGAAUUACAUUGUGAGAAUAACUUCCUCUAAUGAAGAUGAUGACGACGAUUACGAUUCGAUUGAAUACGUUUCCUCUCCUAGGAAGCCGAUUGAGGAAGAAAUUUUUGACUAUUACAGACAGGCCUUCAGCAGUAAGGGAUUCGAUGUUCCAGAGACUGGAUGCUUAUUAGCUGGCGGAAUUGGACCCUAUCGGAUAAUAGAUGAGACACGUGAGCAACGUGUGACCGUUAUGGCUAAGCAAGCUUUGCAAGUCUAUAAUGACGAAAAUAAUGCGCGUUUUGAGUUUGAUCACCUUGUCAAGGCUAAUAGCCAAGCUGUUGCUGGCCUUAUGUUUUACAUUACUUUUAUGGCACGCUCGGGAGAUAAUGUGUCUCAAACCUUUUAUGCCACAAUGUGA